AGGAUCAGAAUUAUUCUACUCGAUUGAUAGCCAAUCGUUGUUUUUCCUCCAUUUAAGCGAGGUUAUUUCCAGAUCGUACACAAACGUGUGCAAUCCUCACAGAAGAGAGGUGAAGACAAAACUUUUCUCACCAUUCGGUUUCAGAGGCUGUCACAGGAGAACCAAGUGCCUGAAAAAGCUUUCGUAGCAUUGAAGAUUUUUUAAAACCCAGUUGAAACAUAACUGAAAAUCCACAAGAGGGAGAUGCUUGCUAAAUCGCCAGAAAAUAACUCCUACAAGGGACCAGACAGAGCCUUAGGAAGAGCCGAUAGGUUACAAAAUAUCCUCCUAUGCUUGAGAUCCACAAACUACGUGUCCUACGAGAACGAACCAGUUGUUCAUCUCCUGGAAAUACAUUAGAAACAUAAAUAUGGUGCCAAAAGAUUUCCUUACCUUUCUCUGACUACAGUUUAUUUGGACAUACUUUUGUAUUGAAGAGAGGUACACAGACUGAGGCUACUUGUGCAGAGACUCUGUCGUGUAGGAUCAUGGACCAUCCUAGUAGAGAGAAGGAUGAAAGACAACGGACAACUAAACCCAUGGCACAAAGGAGUGCACACUGUACCCGACCGUCUGGCUCCUCAACAUCCUCUGGGGUUCUUAUGGUGGGACCCAACUUCAGGGUUGGCAAGAAGAUAGGGUGUGGGAACUUCGGAGAGCUCAGAUUAGGUAAAAAUCUCUACACCAAUGAAUAUGUAGCUAUCAAACUGGAACCAAUAAAAUCACGUGCUCCACAGCUUCAUUUAGAAUACAGGUUUUAUAAACAGCUCGGCAGUGCAGGUGAAGGUCUUCCACAGGUGUAUUACUUUGGUCCAUGUGGAAAAUACAACGCCAUGGUGCUGGAGCUCCUUGGCCCUAGCUUGGAGGACUUGUUUGACCUCUGUGACCGAACUUUUACUUUGAAGACUGUGUUAAUGAUAGCCAUCCAGUUGCUUUCUCGAAUGGAAUAUGUGCACUCAAAGAAUCUCAUUUACCGAGAUGUGAAGCCAGAGAAUUUCCUGAUUGGCCGACAAGGCAACAAGAAAGAGCAUGUUAUACACAUUAUAGACUUUGGACUGGCCAAGGAAUACAUUGACCCUGAAACCAAAAAACACAUACCUUAUAGGGAGCACAAAAGUUUAACUGGAACUGCAAGAUACAUGUCUAUCAACACGCAUCUUGGCAAAGAGCAAAGCCGGCGGGAUGAUUUGGAAGCCCUGGGCCAUAUGUUCAUGUAUUUCCUUCGAGGCAGCCUACCCUGGCAAGGACUCAAGGCUGAUACAUUAAAAGAGAGAUAUCAGAAAAUUGGUGACACCAAAAGGAAUACUCCCAUUGAAGCUCUCUGUGAAAACUUUCCAGAAGAGAUGGCAACGUACCUGCGCUAUGUCAGGCGAUUAGACUUCUUUGAAAAACCUGACUAUGAGUAUUUACGGACCCUCUUCACAGACCUCUUUGAAAGGAAAGGCUACACCUUUGACUAUGCCUACGAUUGGGUCGGGAGACCUAUUCCUACUCCAGUAGGGUCAGUUCAUGUAGAUUCUGGUGCAUCUGCAAUAACUCGAGAGAGCCACACACACAGGGAUCGGCCUUCACAGCAACAGCCUCUGCGAAAUCAGACUGCAUCGUCAGAGCGCCGAGGAGAGUGGGAAAUCCAGCCCAGCCGGCAGACCAAUACCUCGUACCUGACGUCUCACUUGGCUGCAGACCGCCAUGGGGGAUCAGUGCAGGUGGUUAGCUCAACCAAUGGAGAGCUGAAUGUCGAUGACCCCACAGGAGCCCACUCUAAUGCACCAAUCACAGCUCACGCCGAGGUGGAGGUAGUCGAGGAAGCUAAGUGCUGCUGUUUCUUUAAGAGGAAAAGGAAGAAGACUGCCCAGCGCCACAAGUGACCAGUGCCUCCCGGGAGUCCUCAGGCCCUGGGGACUCUAACUCAAUUGCACCCGCAGCUCCUGCCAUUUUUCAUUGGAAGGGACUCCUCUAUGGGGGAGGGUGGAGGUCCAAACCAAAAAGAAGAAAACAGAUGCCCCCAGAAGGAGCCAGUGCAGGCAGCCAGGGCCCAGUGGGUCAGUGGCCAUCCCCGCCUGCCUACAGCUCUGAGCAGGUCCCAGAGCUGCGGCUCCUCCACUGCUUGCCCUCGGGGCUGCCUGGUUGACUCUCCUUCCUAUUGUUUACAGUGAAGGUGUCAUUCACAAAAACUCAAGGACUACUAUUCUCUUCCCUCCCAUAGUUUACUCCCGGUUCCUGCCCCACCCUCAACCCUCUCCAGCAUAAAAGCUAGUGAGUUAAAGGCUUUGUCUGCUGAAGGAGCUCAAGAGGCUGGGGGUGCGGUCAAGAAGGCAGGGGGAAGAUGGCAGGCCUGGCAGGAGAAGAACGUUCUCCACCUACCAGGUGUGCCUGGCAGUAUGGCUCCGUCCUCUGUGCCUCUGCAGCCUCCAUCCCCAGCUGGCCACGGGGUGCAGGUUCUUGCCACCCUCCCUCCUGUCAAGUUACACUGUCGGACACAAGCUGUGAGAAAUCUGCAGUCUACUGUCCCUGCGCGUUGGCAUUCUUCGCUCUCUUGACAAGCGAACUCUGUUCUCCAGACGGUAGUAGGACAAUGCAAAUUGUUCUGAGCAAAGGAAAAAACUGACUUUAUUGCACUUUUAGUUUUUUUUUUUUUUAAACAAAAAACAUGGCAGAUGCAUAUUGUGUCUGGUUAUAUUGGGAGUUUUACUUUUUUCUGUUUUGAGGGGGAUGGGGCCAGCCAAGCCAUUCAGAGAGAACAUGGGUCCAGAGGACAUUCUCAAUGGAAAAAGUUGGGUCUGCAGCACCCAGAAGAGAAGAAGCCAAACUCUUGUCAUUCUGAGUAAACACUCAGGUUGGCAAAGAAACAUACUUGAAUUUUCAUUCAUCUUCUCAGCUGCUGAAGAAUGUCCCUACCAGAGCCUCUUGACCUCAUCAGCCUACAGUUUGGACCGCCUAGCUCUCCAGCACAUGGGAUGAGCCAGCCAAGCCAGACUGACCAGGAGAAGGAGAUGCUUGACAAAAAAAUUGGAAAUACCAGUUUCCUCCACUGCCAGGGACUUCCAACUAAAUAGCCAUGUGACUUUCUUAGUGACUUGGGGGACAAAAUUAGUGAUGAAAUGGCCACCGCCAUAUUGCCACUAGUGGACAAGAAGAGGAGGACUAAGUGAACCCACCUUCCAACUGCCAGAAGAACCUCAGGAUUUGGCAUCAUAGGGCCAGGAAAUAAAAUCAUUGUGUACUGUCUGCCCCGAUAGCUGAGUGAUAGCAUUUGGGCUGGCCUGCCUUACCAGGCACCAGACACCUGCAGAUCUCCCAGCAGGUCCACAGCAGCAUGCUUAGGACUGAGCACGUGGGGCUGUAUAAACAGGAAGAUAAGAUUGGCUGGUGCUGGAAAAUUCCAAGAGAAAGGAUACUGAAAUGAAAGGUCUGAAAUUAUCUUCUCAUUUGGAUAUAGACUCCUUCCAAAUAAGAUGGCCAUGUACCUAGAGCGUGUUUGCCCCAGUCCACUGUCUGCCUCCCCAUGUGGGUUAGCCACCUGAUCUACUACCAUGAAGAGUCUUGGUUCUUCGUUCACUGCUUGGAAAGUAAUGUAUGGAGUUAAUGUUACUGUGCUCAAUUUUCAUUUGAGUUCAGUGGCUUAUGUAAACAGUGACCUCUUUCCAGAUGUGAUAGAGGAGCAAGAACCACUUACAUCAGGGAACAAGGCCUUGUAUCUGGGAGUAGAGAGAGCUAACUCACCAAGGAGGACAGUGGCUGGUGACUUAGUCUGGUGGUUUUGGGAACUCCGAAAUCAUUGCCUCUGGCUUGAGAUGGAGGGCCGUGUUUUGGACCGGAGGAUGUGGGGAUACUUUCUGGUAGUUGGCAUUUCCUGACAAGUCCCUUGAUGUAUCUUACAUGGAGCAGAGAUAGCAACAGUGGCAUGGAUCAGAGUUACUGGGCUUUACCUGUUCCAUCGGGCCUUGGCUAGGAAAUACCAUUUUACUGGCUUCAAACCUGCUCAGCUCAUGUAAGGAUUGUAAUCUUUCAUUUCUUUAAAAGAAAUUUUCCUGUAUACAAAACAGAGUGGCUGGGAGACACAGUGUCACAUCCCUUUUCCACAAGGAUUUUGAAUAUUGAGGUUUGCUUCCUUGAUAAUACCUAGUGGUUAAGGCACCAUCACAGAAAUGUACAGUUUCUCAAUUGGCAUUUGGGCAACUCUAACUUCCUGUAUAGAAACUUUAACUUCCUUUUCCCUGUGUAGAAAAAAACCCUUGCCUCUCAAGGGAUGGCAAGGGGAAGUAGUGACAAAGCCUCUAGCAUCCUGGCACUCCACACCCCACUAAGUGCCUCCCACCUCUGCUUCCACAAAAAAGCAAAGGCAUUGACCAGCUUGGCUCAGGGCAAGCCCCCCUGCAGCUGAGUUUGUGACUUUUUUUGGUCUUAAAUGUUUUAAAGGCUAGCUCUUGAAGGGUUAAACCUAAGCAGUUAUGGGGGGUCCUUCCUAAUGCACUGUUCUCAUUCUCUGCACCACCCCCCCCCCCAAAAUCUCUUACUAGGUAUCUGCUUUUCAUAACAAAGGCGAAGAGCCCCACAUCCCUCUGGCAUGUAGGGUAAUGGUGAUUCUUCCAAGGC